AUGGCGUCCGAAAAGAUAUCACUUUACAACCAGGCUGAUCUUAAGAACACGACCGACGAUGCCGUUUCGAACUACCUCAACUCGCUGGGCUUCACUCAGAAGCACACCAUGACCGAUGUCCGUCUCGCCAUAGGGUACAGUUCUUUCGCCGUCGCUACCGCCUGCUUCCUGUGGGAUUACAAGCUCGGCUUCGAGGACACAAAGACGUACACGGCCGUCGCCGUGGCUCUGUACACGCUGUUGCAGGGCGCCCUCAUGCUCUGGACCGGUAAGAUUGAGGAGGGCAUGAUAUAUCAGGGCAUCGCACCCUCGGGAGAGCAGAUCUUCAUCGCCAGCUCCUCUAAAAAGUUCGAGCCUGUCUAUAACCUCAAGAUCAGCAUCGGCAGCACCCAGAAUCCUAGCAAGAAGCUCGAGAUUAUUCAAUCUCUAGAAAUAUCUCGCUCCUUCACUGAGUGGUUUGACGAGACAGGUCGCUUUGUCGCAAACCCUUUCCAAGAAUUCCUCGCCUCGUCUGUCCCCAUCAUUGGAAAGGCAGACCCUACGCGUGUCAAGUCUGCGUCGCAGGAGCUGAUCGAUGCCAAUCCCGAGCUCCUCGAUGCUAUCCUCGCCGGAGACUCUAUGGCCGAUGCAUCGGGAGCCGUCAAGAAGACGGGAGGAAAGAGGCGAAAAGUUUAA